AUGUCUGUUAAACGAGGCCUACCUGAUGAAGCAAGUACGAAUGGUGCUGAUACCCCUUUGAAGCGUGACUACCACAUAUUGGAUACCAACAAAGCUGAUAUGGAAGCAUGUGCACAAGAGCUGGACUUUGAGGAUGAUACGGAAUUUUUCGAAUCCCUCGACGAGACCUCUUGGCACCUCUUGGAUGCGAGCGAAGAUGCGACAGCUGCAGUGCCCACACUCUCGCAGCCAGAAUGCGGCACUGGAUUUUUAAAUGCAAGCGGAAAGCAACUUGCACGGCCAAGCGACGCGGCGAUGCAGGCGGCAGCCAAGCGCCUCAAGCUGGACGAUACGGACGACGGCGCCCUUUUGGUCCACACGCCAGAGCGCGCCUCUAUAUUAGCGCAAGCACAAGCAGCCACCACUCCGCAACGCGGCGUGUUUCAGUCACCUUGUGAGCAUUCCAAACCGAGCAUAUCCUCUACACCUUUUACCCGCAUGCGACCCGCGUCUGUGCUGGGCACGAGCCGAUCGCGCCCUCUUUCCCCCAUUUCGCCCAACACCGUCGAGCAUUUUCAAAAGCCUAUUUAUUUGGGCAUUACUCCGCGCUCGUACCGCGCGGGCCUCGCUGCAGGCGCGUCUUCGCGCACCAAAUUUACGCCGCCGUUCAAGAAAGGAGCCAAGCUAGAGCACGAUGCCCCGGCUCCGCGCGUGCCGCUUUUCAACUUGGAGCCCUGCAUGUUGCGCCAUAGCUACCAGCAGCUUGGCCUUGUGCCGAAACGCACAGCAUGGAGAGAGGCCGUGUCGCAGGGCGUGCCUUUGGAGGCAUGCAUGAUCUUGCAGGAUCCACAGCAAGCGGCACACUACCUUUUCCGCACCGCCGGAGCCACACACGGCCCAACGGAGCUGCUGAAAACUUUGCAUCGGCUGGGCGCACACCGCGCUACGGAAAAAUGGGUCGUCAAUCAUUAUGCGGUGAUACUCUGGAAGCUUGCGGGGAUGGCCGCCGUGUGUCCUGUGCAAGCACACAUGUAUUGGUCGUACGACGCAGUGCUGCGCCAAAUGCGAUACCGCUACGAGCGUGAAGUGCACUGUGGGCAGUCCAGUGUCGUGAAGCAAAUCCAGGAACAGCGGUGCAGCCCUGGGAAACCCAUGGUUCUUUGUGUAUACCACAUCCACCCAAUUGCACACAGCGAAGAGCCAGCGACCACCAUCCUACAGCUCACCGACGGCUGGUACAGAAUUCGUGCGGCACUCGAUGCUCCGCUCACGCGCGCCGUCGAGCGCGGCAAGAUCCGUGUAGGCCAAAAACUGGGCAUCACAGCGGCCAAGCUGGAGGCAUUUGGCGAAGGCACGCCCGUCUUGGAUGCGUUCCACACCUCUGACCUCUCCAUUUCAGCCAACUCGUGCCAGCACAUGCGGUGGGAUACGCGGCUUGGCGCGCAUCCCCGUUCUUUUGUUUCUACACUCGGUCGACUUAUUGCCGAUGGCGGCAUUGUGGGGCUGAUGGACAUUUGCUUGGACCGCGUCUAUCCCACCGGAUACAUCCAGGGCGAGCUGGAUGCGCGCGGUCAAACCGUUUUUACCGGCUCGCAGUACGGCACGGAUGAGGAGCAGGAGCGGCAGCGUGCAUGGGCGGUACAGCGCCAAGAGGCACAGGGUACGCUUGCCUUGAUGGCGCAGCGCGUGCAGGCAUCGCUUCAAUGGCUUGAGCCGCGCGUGCGUCCGUGCGAGCCAUUGGAUGCUGUAUCGAUACAAGAUGUGCGCAGCCUGCUUGCGGACGUGGAAGCGACGGCGAAUCCGUGUGCACGCCUCGAAGAAGUACAGCGCGAACACAGCGGCCAAGCGCGGCUUGCAGCGCUGCUAUGGUCGGCGCGUGCACGAGCAUCUGCUUUGGACGCGCCACACACAGACGCACACACAUCCAUCCUCGAUGCGCUCUGUGCACCGCGGCGUGUGAAGGCGUUUUGUAUUGUGCGCUUCCACGACGCACAGCGUACAAAGCGCACGACGCGCCGCAGCGUGCAGCUAACAGUAUGGGAUCCGCCUCCGUUCCUAAAAGAAGGUGCGCGUCUACAGGUGUCCCAUUUAAUUCCUACACAGCGAGAUGCAUGGCGCGCCCGCGACGCGGCUGCCGAUGUGUUCCUCGCCACCACGCGCCAAACGACCUGGCACCAUAGUGCGUAG